AUGUCAACAGUGACACAGACGCUCAGAUAUAUCGACACCCGAACGUUCACCGUGAUUGCCGGGGAUUUCAACUGUCGAAUGGAUAGCCAGGCAAAGGACUCGAAAGGAUGCGUCCUGCGAGAAUCUUUAGAUGAGCUAGACUAUACACUAGCCAAUGACGCGGAUGACGUGACGAAUAUCUGCUACAACGGAUCGAGCACCAUCGAUCUCUUCUUCGUGUCACAUCUUGACCGAGUGAUUGCCUGCCAGGUAGUGGAGGCGCCAAUUAAAAGCCAUCUACCAGUGGUACUCAGCAUCACCGCUCGGGAAACCCCGAAGAAGAAGGAGCUCAGACCGACUCGGCGCAUGGAUUACAAUAUUCUAGACGAAGAACAAGAGUCACGACAGAUCUCAGGCAAGAUGAGAACGGCUGACGUGAAUCAAGCUGAACAAGAGCUAGUUCGCCUCGUUCAAAAAGCUCAACUUCUUCCUCGCCCGUACAAGGCGAAAAGAAGACCAUGGUUCAACAAGGAAUGCAAAGAGCGCAGGAGAGCGCUACUCCUGGCCUUACGGAAGGCGAAAAUUGAAGGAGGGCCGUACCGAAGGGAGUACUGCUUUCUACGGAAACGGUACCAUCAUCUAGUUCAGCAUCGCAAGAGCGAGCACCGCGAGAAGCAACAUGAGAAAAUGUUAGCUGAAGCGAAAAAGAAAACCCACAUUCUACUGAAAAAAUGUCGGAAGAAAACGACAUGUACCGCGAGUACAGAAGAGAUAACUCGACACUUCAAGAAUUUACUUUUCGAAGAAGAUAUUCCCCCGCCAGCCGCGCAAAUCACUCUGCCGCUCACGUUAGAGCAAUGGUUGAUGAACGCGCCGUGGACAGAGAAGGAAGUUGAAUUUAUUCUAAAUUCCCUACCAAUGAGAAAGAGCUGUGGACCUGAUGGUAUCUACUACGAGAACUGGAGGAUGGGGGCAACCGCACUCGUGCCUUUGAUAAGUUCUCUCUUCAACAAAAUCAUGGAAGAAGGAUGCAUUCCGGACACAUGGCACAUCAGCCGGCUGACUUUGCUAUUCAAGGGUGGCAGGUCAGGUCCGAGAGAUGACAUGAAUAAAUUUCGAGGAAUAGCCAGCGAAGCGACACUCAAGAAAGUGUUCUUCAAAGGCAUCAUAAGUAGACUCGAAACAUCUAUCGAGAACAGAUUGCCUCCAGAACAAUUCGGGUUCAGGAGAGGCGUGUCAACGAACGACGCAAUUCACGUUGUGAUGUCGGCCAUCGAGAGGGGGCUGGCCCGUCGAAACCAGGCCCAACUCUACGGUGGGUUCAUCGACUGCUGUAAAGCAUUCGACAGUGUUCCGAGGCAGGCAAUGGUAAAUGCCUUCGCCGAGGCCGGAGUGAACGGACAGCUCCUGAAAAUCAUCGAAAGCUUCUUCUACACAGACACACUCAUGGUGCGGACUGGGUCGGAGGAUGUCAUUGUGAGGCAGAACAGAGGCACGCCACAAGGCGACCCGCUGAGCUGUAUCGCUUUCACACUCCUCCUAGCCGACCUGCCCGCGAGGGUCCGAGAGGAGUCGAAGGAUGCGGUCAUUUGCCUGUAUGCGGAUGACAUUUUUGUGGCUCAUCAUAACGCCACCAUGUUCAGGAAGGUCUUCGCCAUCGUUGGUGAAUACCACCGACAAAUUGGAUUAGAUCUGAAUCCGCAGAAGUCAUGUGUUGUUAAACUCCGGAACGGAGGACGACUAGCUAAGACCGACAGGAUGCACUGGAGAAGGGAACCGAUCCAGUUCGUACCGAGCUCGAAGUAUCUCGGCUUGCACCUCACCACCGCCGGCACGAGUUUCUCAGCUCACGUGGAGUUCGCGGCGGCGAGAGCAACGACAGCGAUGGCUUCGGGUGUGGACAGGCCACGAGAUCUCCCACUCGACAUAGCGGAUCGCCUCUUCAAAAUGAAGGCCGUCCCGGUCCUGUCAUACGGACUGAAACGAAUAUGGAAGCACCUCACAGUAGCCAACUUCAAAAGUUUGGAACGCUCCUACACGCUCUUCAUGAAAAGAGUACUUUGUCUUCCCCCAACGUCCAAGUCACGUUAUGUAUAUGUAUUCACCCAGCGGCCGCCGAUCACUGAAGAGCUACGGAGGCAACUGAGAGCCGAAAACACGCGGGCAUUCGACUCCUUCGUCCAUCAAUGGAAGGAGAAAACCGAUGCAGCAGCGAGGGAGGCGGAAGGUCUGCGAAUAUACACAGACAGGAAGCUCUGGGACGGCGCACUCAAUAAGAGGCGACACAUCUACACGAGGUUGAUAGUUCAUGGAUUUCAUCAUCAAUUCUGUACCAACACAACCUUCCACGAAGCGGACACGAAUUGUAUAUGUACAUAUUGUCACAUGUCAUGCUGUAAAUACCACGCGCUAGACUGCGCGGCAUCUCAUCCGUCGCUGACGGCGGUCGCACGAGCAAAAUAG